AUGGAAGGUCUCUACAUUAACAGCACCUCACAGAACCAAAGCUACAAUCACAGCGACAUCACCUCCAACUGCCAGGAUUACAGGAACUUGUCAUUCAUCCUGUAUGUGGUGACAUACACAAUCAGUGCUAUCGGCCUCCCGUUGACCCUCGUGGCCAUCUAUGCUCUGUAUUCUAUGGUGAGAAGUGAUCAUGUUGCUCCCAUCUACGUCAUCAACCUCCUCAUUACCGACCUGAUUCAGUUCUGCUGCAUGAUCGUUGAGGUGGCAAAACCUGAGGAUUGGAGGAUACGUUACAUCUUCAUGUCUAUUUACAUCUCUGCUCUGUUUGCCAGUGUUGGCUUCAUGGUCUGCAUCUCCCUGGAAAGAAUGGAAGGUCUCACAUGGACAACACCUCACAGAACCAAAGCUACGAUCACAGCGACAUCACCUCCAACAGCAGGAUUACAGGAACUGGUAUUCAUCCUGUAUGUGGUGACAUACACAAUCAUCGCUAUCGGCCUCCUGUUGACCCUCGUGGCCAUCUAUGCUCUGUAUUCUAUGGUGAGAAGAGAUCAUGUUGCUCCCAUCUACGUCAUCAACCUUCUCAUUACCGACCUGCUUCAGCUCUGCUGCAUGAUCGUUGAGGUGGUACGAACUGUGGAUAGGACGAUAUCUCUCAUCUUCAUAUAUAUUUACUUCUCUGCUCUGUUUGCCAGUAUUGGCUUCAUGGUCUGCAUCUCCCUGGAAAGGUAUUUGGUCAUCGCCCACCCGCUGUGGUACCGCUUCAGACGAACCAUCAGGAGCUCUGUGGUGGUCUGUGUCCUGGUCUGGGUCCUUUUUCUUGUAUAUGGUGUCCUUUACUAUUUUGUUGAUUAUCUGACCACAUACAUAAUCCUCACCGUCCUCCUCCUCCUUCCCUUCCCACUGUUCAUAUUCUCCCUGGUUGGGACCCUCAAAGCCCUGUCUGCUUCCAUCUCGGUCCCCUCUGAUGAAAAACGACGAAUUGUGGGAAUUUUGGUUCUGGUGCUGCUUAUUUACACGCUGCUGUUCCUGCCCAGCAUCAUUUGGUUCUUGAAAGAAUACACUGACAAUAACCAAUUGGUAGACUUUAGACUCAACCUUCUGUCUCUCAUCUUUGUUAAGUUGAGUCCUCUUGCAGACUUGUUCCUGUAUGUCUUCAUGAGGAAAGGGUUCAUAGACAAGCUUUUGGCCUCUGUGUGUUGCUGCAGAAUGGACAGCAAUGAUAUCAGCAGUCCAUCAGUAUGAAUGAUGACAACAUUUCCACAGUCAGCUUCAUGUAGGCAGAGAAAGAGGGAGAGA